AUGACACCGAAAGGUCUGAGCUUCGUGCUCGCGGCUGCUUUGCCGUUGGCAAUAGCAUCGCCCAUUGCUGUAAGUUUUAAAGAAUCCACUACCCAAGUUUCAAAGAUUAUACUGACUUCAGACAGAAACCGUACGGACCGUAUAAAUACUCUACAACUCUACCAAUUGUCGGGGGUCUUCCUGCUCUUCCCGUUCCAGCCACUCCUCCAGCAUUACCUCCCAUCUUGCCUACAGUGACAAUAGGGGGGGCAGACGGCGUCACUCUCCCAGCACCAGGUCUUCCAUCCUUGCCUGUGAGCGUGCCUUCACCAAAUGGCUUGCUAACCUACGGCGGACUUCGCCCAGUCCCAACAAUAACAGUUGGAGGAUCCGAUGGUUCAUUCACUUCGCUCCCAGUCGUCAAACCACUUCCAAGUCUCACAUCAACGACUACCAUCAUCGUGACCGUCUAUCCUACAUUACCCGCUGCGACCAUUCCGGAUAUUCCUGUUCCUCUUACAACAAUUACAUCUCUCGUGACGAUCACUUUACCGAGACCCCCUAUUUCCGUAGGAGGAGCCGAUGGAGUCACCUUUCCCGCACCACCGUUGCCGACUCCUCCUACUGUAAAACCUCCACCUCCGGCUACUUAUGGAAGUCUACCGCCACCUCCACCUCCACCAUCAUUACCUCAAUUACCACCAAAUGUUGUAGGUGGUGGUGGCAUAUUAGGUGGAUUACUCGGAAAUACAGGCGGCCAUAUCACCCCACCGGGUACGACGGUUCCCAAAAUUGGAGGAGGUGGUUUCAUCGGUACUCCCAAUCCCCCAAGUCCCCCCAAUGGCGGAGCGUAUGGAGGCCACAGUUCAGGUGGCGGAAACUCGGGUGGGAACAGCGAAAUCUGUGAUGAUCCAUUCUUCGCUGAAGCUUCACCACUUCUCAAGCAGUUAUGUUCUGGAUCUGGAUCUACCACAAGUGGUUCGAGUGCCACAAGCAACCCUCCCCCUCUCAUUUCAUCUUCUCCAGCAGGAUAUAACCCGCAAUACAAGCGAGACAUAGACUCAUCCUCAAUCGCUAAAGAGGAUCCAGAGUCGAAAGGUCCACCAAGAACACCACAAGGUCUCCUCCUCCAAAAGAUCAUGGAGAAAUGUGUGAGUGAACUUGGAGAUACAAAAGGUCUCGCACUCUGUCCUAGAGCUCUGAAUUUCAUCCCUCAAUCUUCGCUUCCUGGAGAUGGGAAAUUGUCGGAUGAGAUAAUAGACGCUCUCAUCCAACGCGGUCUCACGAUGGCCGAGGAAGGUGACAACGUCCCUGCCUCCAAAAGGGGAUUAGGUGCCCCAGGUCAACUUCUUUCUGGUGUCUCACUAGAUGAAGGACUGGGUGGAGGAGACUUGUCUCCCGAGCAAAUCGAAGGAAUUCUCGCCGCCGCAAUAGGUAAGGCUGGUCUUCCUCUAAACGGCCUCCCUCUCAACGGUCUCCCUCUGAACGGUCUCCCUCUGAACGGUCUCCCCCUCAACGGACUUCCCCUCAAAGAAAGAGGCGUCCUAACAACCCCAGAACCCAACACCAUCCUCGCAGCCUGCGAAAAAGCCUUCACCCAAGCCCAAGCCCAAUCCACCACCCCCAAACUAGACAGUACCCAAAUCUGCAAAGCCAUCCUCUCCUACAUCCCCAAAACCACACUCCCCACAAGCGGCAGCAUCUCACCCGAAGACCUAAAAAAGAUCAUCGAAUCCGUGCUUAGCAGCCACGGACUCGCAAAGAGACAACACUACCAAUUCGGUUCCGGUGGGCCUUCUGAAUCGUCCGGGAAUGCUGGUCUGCCUUCAACACCAAGCACACCAAGUAACCCACAGUAUGGAAAUGGAGGAGGAAGCACAAGUGGAAAUGGUGGUUCUUCUUUACCACCGCCCCCACCGAUUGCACCGCCCAAACCACCAGUUCAACCACCUAGUAACCCGCCUUAUGUACCAACAUCAUCUGAUCCCUCGCCGCCUGCUACCGCUUUGCCGAAUGGAGGGGAUCUUCGUAAGUACCUUUUUUCAUUAUACUUUUCACCUCACCCAGAGAGCGACCAUGUCGCAAGCAAGAGGAUAUCAAAAUCCCUCUCUCACUUCCUCACUCGCAAAAUACCCUUCUUCCUCUCCUCUACCUACCCAAUACCCACCCCCACUCCCAACUCCCCUGCCCCUCCCCAAAACAUCAUCCAUCUAACACCCCCCAGAAUCAUCAAUAGCAUCCAGCAUCGCCGCCGGCCUCGCCCACGCACUCGGUCCCAACGGUUCCUUCAACCCCGGGACCUUUUUCGGUGACGGAAACAAGGGUGGCUCUGGCACUGGCUCAAAUAGUAAUGGUAACGGGAAGGGUGGAUAUUACUAA